AUGGCCAGCUCCUGUUGUGGUUCAGUCUGCUCUGACCAGGGCUGUGGCCAAGGCUGCUGCCAGGAGACCUGCUGCCGCCCCAGCUGCUGCCAGACCACCUGCUGCAGGACCACCUGCUGCCGCCCUAGUUGCUGUGUGUCCAGCUGCUGCCGCCCCAGUUGCUGUGUGUCCAGCUGCUGCCGCCCCAGCUGCUAUGGUUCCAGCUGCUGCCGCCCUAGCUGCUGCAUCUCCAGCUGCUGCCGCCCCAGCGUCUGCUGUAGGCCGAGCGGCUGUGUGUCCAGCUGCUGCCGCCCCACUGGCUGUGGUUCCAGCUGCUGCUGUAGGCCCAGCUGCUGCAUCUCUAGCUGCUGCCGCCCCAGCUGCUGUGGUUCCAGCUGCUGUGGCUCCAGCUGCUGCCGCCCCUGCUGCUGCCCCUCCUGCUGCCUCCGCCCAGUCUGUGGCCGGGUCUGCUGCCAGAGCACUUGCUAUCGCCCCACCUGUGUCAUCUCCACCUGCCCCCGCCCCAUGUGCUGUGCCAUCCCCUGCUGCUGA